CGCCGGGUGAGGGGCGCGAAGCCCCGGCCUGCUGUUCCCCAGGACCCAGGCGCGCCGCCGCCUCCCGGGAGGCUGAGCGUGACCUCCACCCCACGGGAAGCUGGGGCCGCCGUUCUGGAAGCGAAACACCGAGCACGCGAACCGUUCCCCGGAGCAUUGUCUUUAGGCCGGAGGUUCAUUGAUCAAACUUUUGGGUUGGAAAGAGGGAAAAUUCGCUGUUUGCUGCCUGAUUGUGCCUCUUCCAAGCCUCCAAGUUCACGGGCGCGGUAGCCGAGCGAACCACGUGUGGAGUUUGAGGAGCCACGGGGUCCAGCCAGCUCAAGGCUGUGAUUUAGAAUGAUGCUCGUACGCGGACUGCUUUCUGGGCUACCUUUUGGAGACUUGCAUUAUGGAUCCAAGCCUGUUGAGAGAAAGGGAGCUGUUCAAAAAACGAGCUCUUUCCACUCCUGUAGUAGAAAAACGUUCAGCAUCUUCUGAGUCAUCAUCUUCGAAAAAGAAGAAAACAAAGGUAGAACAUGGAGGAUCGUCAGGCUCUAAACAAAAUUCUGAUCAUAGCAAUGGAUCAUUUAACUUGAAAGCUCUGUCAGGAAGCUCUGGAUAUAAGUUUGGCGUUCUUGCUAAGAUUGUGAAUUACAUGAAGACACGGCAUCAGCGAGGAGAUACGCAUCCUCUAACCUUAGAUGAAAUUUUGGAUGAAACACAACAUUUAGAUAUUGGACUCAAGCAGAAACAAUGGCUAAUGACUGAGGCUUUAGUCAACAAUCCCAAAAUUGAAGUAAUAGAUGGGAAGUAUGCUUUCAAGCCCAAGUACAACGUGAGAGAUAAGAAGGCCCUACUUAGGCUCUUAGAUCAGCAUGACCAGCGAGGAUUAGGAGGGAUUCUUUUAGAAGACAUAGAAGAAGCACUGCCCAAUUCCCAGAAAGCUGUCAAGGCUUUGGGGGACCAGAUACUAUUUGUAAGUCGUCCCGAUAAGAAGAAAAUACUUUUCUUCAAUGAUAAGAGCUGUCAGUUUUCUGUGGAUGAAGAAUUUCAGAAACUGUGGAGGAGUGUCACUGUGGAUUCCAUGGACGAGGAGAAAAUUGAAGAAUAUCUGAAGCGACAGGGUAUUUCUUCCAUGCAGGAAUCUGGACCAAAGAAAGUGGCCCCUAUUCAGAGAAGGAAAAAGCCUGCUUCACAGAAAAAGCGACGCUUUAAGACUCAUAACGAACACUUGGCUGGAGUGCUGAAGGAUUACUCUGACAUUACUUCCGGCAAAUAGGGAACAGCUUUGCCCUGGAACAGAGUCACAGAUACACAAUCAAGAGCGUUCCUGCUGAUGCUCGGGGUCUGAAGACAGUCUUCCCAUCUGCUGCUUGUGGCUGCGGAGAGGAGCAGUUCAGUUUACAGAACAAGUGCAAAUUACCAAACUCAAAGCUUAUUUGAGUAGAAUGGGCUCAUGGGCAAUGUGACGUUCCCUGUUAACCUGUUACUCCCUGGGAGAAAGGCGCUGUGUGUGGCAUGCAGGUGUCUUUGCUGUAUUUUUCUUCACUUCUAAAUGGUUCCUGGUUCCUUUCUUCCUCGUUUGUUACUUUAGAGCAAGUUUGCCCAUAGUCUUGAAUGCAGUAUUUGUUUAUUCCAAAAUAACAUAUUUAUAAUAAAAUCAUUGUAGAAGGAUUUUUAA